CCCGGAGCUGGUGAUGGACGAGCAUGGAAAAUCCUUUGCAAGUUGUAAACUCCUUUGCAACUUGGCCGUGUCCUUGCCUUUCACACUCGGGGAACUGUGACAGAGCCUCAUUCGGGAGCCCGGAUCAAUCCAGCUCUCAGCGUCACUGCCUGGGGGGAUAUUACAGAGCAGAGCUUGAGGUUUGCAGCUUUGUACCAAAAUGGCUCGGUUUUGGGCCUCUUUAAAAUCUUUGUGCAAAACCAGGAGAGCAGGAGGAGGUAAAUUCUGUAUUUUGUGACAUUUAAAAUGCACUUUAACAGGGCUCAGAGUUCAUGGUGUUGGGGGAGUUCCUGUGUGUCCUGGUGUGCAGCAGGAAUCCUGCCCAAGUUUUGGGUUCCUCUGCCACCCCCCCACCUCUGACCCUCCCAGGUGUGUGUAGGUUCCCCAAUGUCCUGCAUGGUCCUGCCAGAGGGUCCCCAGGAGCUCCAGGGCACCCCACCCCUUCCUGUCUCAGUUCACUGUCACCUUUUGGUCACAGCUUUGCUCCCUGGUCUGCUGUUGUCCCAGAGAGCCUGGGGAUGAUCCUACCUUUUGCAAGACCUAAUCAGAAUAAAAGUUUUUCUUCUGAACAUUUCAGUGCUUUUCCUUUGGGCCAAGCUUCCCCAGGAAGAGACAGGACUCUCAGUCAUUUCAGCCCCAGUGGGAAGAAGUUCCGGAGCAAGCCGCAGCUGGCGCGGUACUUGGGCAGCUCCAUGGACCUGGGCACCUUCGACUUCCGCACGGGCAAAAUGCUGAUGAACAAAAUGAACAAGAACAGGCAGAGGAUGCGCUAUGACUGCUCCAACCAAGCCAAGGGCAAGCCUGAUUUGAACACAGCCCUGCCUGUGAGACAGACAGCCUCUAUCUUCAAACAGCCUGUCACAAAGAUCACAAACCACCCCAGCAACAAGGUGAAGAGUGACCCCCAGAAAGCUGUGGACCAGCCCAGGCAGCUCUUUUGGGAGAAGAAGUUGAGUGGACUGAAUGCCUUUGACAUUGCAGAGGAGCUGGUGAAGACAAUGGACCUUCCCAAAGGGUUGCAAGGGGUUGGUCCGGGCUGCACGGACGAGACUCUGCUCUCUGCCAUCGCCAGUGCCCUGCACACCAGCACCAUGCCCAUCACUGGCCAGCUCUCUGCAGCCGUGGAGAAGAACCCUGGGGUCUGGCUGAACACCUCCCAGCCUCUCUGCAAAGCCUUCAUGGUGACAGAUGAAGAUAUCAGGAAGCAGGAGGAGCUGGUGCAGCAGGUGAGGAAGAGGCUGGAGGAGGCCCUGAUGGCUGACAUGCUGGCCCACGUGGAGGAGAUCGCCAGGGAUGGGGAGCCUCCCUCGGAGAAAGAAGGAGCAGAGGAGGAAGGAGAAGAGGAAGAGGAGGAGGAGGAGCAGGACCAUGACCAGGAGAUGGAAAAUGUAUAGUCCAGGGAGUUCCAUCUAAGAAUUCCCAGUAUAAACCCAUUCAGCAGGGUCAGCACAACCAUUCACAGAGCCAAGAGUGCACCACCAGUCCAACUGUACCCCAGAGCCUUUGGAUGGACUUCAGGAAAUGUGGAAGCUGAUGCUUCAUUCAUUGCUGGGGAGUUUUGCAGAUGGAACUUGACUAAACUCUACUCUCCUUCCUUUUUCUAACAGGAUAGGGUGAUUGGGAAUGCAGAAGUGGGAGGGGAUAAAGGAAUAUCAUAUGGUGGGAGGGAAAAUCCUAGGAACUGAAUUUGCUGGCUUUUUUUUUUUUUUUUUUGGUAUUACUUUUUGUGGGUCGGUGCUGGGUGAUACAUUUUUAAGCUUUUCUAUCAAAGUACUUUUAAUGACCCACAGAAACAAUUUUUUCUCUAACCCAAGGGAGGGAGAUGCUGUUUCACUCCUUGGCUCCUCUGCUGUGGGCUACCUGUUUGUACCUGAGUGUAGGGAGGUCAUUUCAUGUUGUGAAUGGUUCAUUCCAUGUGUGAAUUGCAGUUACUGAGUUGCCAUUUCCUCACAAGACCACAUUGGUCUUGGCAGGGCAGUCUCAGAGCUGAGCUGCCACUGCCUCUCCCACCUGAGCUGGGGUGAGGAGGGGAAGCUGCACUUGGGGACUUGGGCUGCCAGUUCUGGGAAUUGGGGAUUUGGGUUAUUCCACACCACUGUUUGGAUACAGAAAUCUGUGUGUCCAGACAUUCUGAACAGAGUCCUGGAGGCAAAUAUACCCAGCCUGAGGUAUAUUUUACUUUGGUUUAAGUCCAGUCAGAAGGACUUUCUCAACUGGGGAUGGAAGGAUGACUCAUUUCUGACUGAUAAUGAGGAAAACUUCCUCCUUUUUCUCUUCUGGUGCCAAGAACCUGCCCUCUGUUCCUCAGUGUGGAGGGAAGGGGAUCCAUUCCAACAGGUGUGACUACACACCUGCUUUUGUGUGCAGUAAUGUUCUGACCUCUUUAAAAAAAAAAAAAAAAAAAGAAAAGGUUGAUUUUUCUAUAAUUGAUAUCUAAAAAAGGAAUUUAAAGCUUUUUAUUAAGUAUUGAAUCUUUCUUAUUUGCAUGUGCAGUGAAGUGACCAGCAUUUUGUGUCAAAAAUUGGACUGAUGUGAAACCUGCCUUAAUGUGUUUCUAAGUAUUCAGCUUCACCAUGGGUACCUUGAUUGAUUCCUCAGUCUCAUCCAGUACAGCUUUGAGCAUAUUGGUGUAACUUGUGGCUAAAAAUGGAUAUCUCUGGGAAGGGAGACAAGGGGAGGAGAGGAAGAUGAGAGUUGAUAGCUUGGGGAAUGUGUUGACUGGGUUGCAAAAAUGAUUUUCAUCUUAGGGUAUCCAUUGCAUAAUCUGUGCGUGGCCGUCUCGGCUGAGAGAACACUACAAAGUGGUGGGUUAAAUGUUGUGCCACCAACCAAUUGUAUAAGUUGUUGGUAUCCCAAAACUUGGGGAAGAAAGUAGCUCCCAGAGCCUUUAUUGUGUGAGAAAGAUUAGCAGGGACAGCCAGGGGCCAGGGAAUUGCCUUUGGGAGUAGUGCAGCUUAGUGAUCCCUGAAAAUAUCCCAUGCCAAAGUGAUUGAUCCUUUAUUCACGCUUUUCUUAAAGGCUUGAAAACACAAAAUUGGUUGAUACUGCUCAUUUGAGUACUGCAAGGAGGCUGAAUUGUACUUUGCUGCUGCUCUGCCAGGUGCUGCUUUGGGAGCUUUACCUGGCACUGCAGGCAGUGACCAUUAUUUUUCUUUCUGAACAGUCUGUUACAGUUACUACUCUGUAAAUCUGUCCUCUUGUAAGUCACAGUGUUGAAUUAAAUGUUUCUCACAAAAAAGA